AUCAAAAAUAUCAAAGCUCUCUGAGACAUGGAAAGAAAUAGUGUAACAGAUGGCCAAGAGGACUUUAGCUUAAAGAAGCACAAUCAUUUCAAAAAGCAAAUCAUUUGUCACUUUCUUCUUCUUCACCUAUCCAUCCACAAAAACACUUUCCUUUUCCUCUCAUCAAGAAACUCCCUAAUCCGACGUCGUUCGUUUUAAUUCAGUGACACAAUCUCCCACAUCUUCAAACCCUUUGAAACCAGCGAUUACAGAGAUGCAAGAUCCUCAUGUCCCAUCUUCUCCAACUAUCUCCUCCGUCUCUUCCUCCGAUCUUGAUACUGAGGUCAGUUCCUGCAAUCUUAUACUUAAUAGAUAAUCUAAUUAAAGAUCAAGCUCUUCAUGUGUUUUCUAAGCUACCCAUAAAGCUUUAUGCUAUAAAGUAUCAACCUUUAAUUAGAAAACUAGUUUAAAGUUCCAAAGGUUAUGUUUUCAGAACUGCCCAGAAACAUAUAUAUGUACUUGUUAGAACUUGAUUUGGUUUUUUUAUUGGUGAUGUGAGGAUUUAGUCAACAGGAUCGUUCUUCCAUGACAGAAGCAUCACACUUGGAACGCUUAUGGGAUUUAGUUUCACUGCAACUAUGCCGAUGCCAUUUAGAGCCUCUUCACGCCGCCACGUGUCACCUUCCGUCGCAAUCUCACGAGCUUCUAGCUCCAAUGCAAGACGCAACCACCAGAGAAAGCGUCCUCCUUCAAAUUCGGCUGAGCCUGAGCCGCAUCGCCGCCGUAAAUGGUGGCGGUUUUGCCGAGAUGACGAUGACGACGCCGCCGGAAAUGGAAUCCACCGUGGAACAGGAGAUUCAAAGCGGUCAUCGCUCGGGGAGUAUCUAGAGGUGGAACGGAGGUUUGGAGAUGAAGCCGUUUACAACUCCGCCGAGGCAGAGCUAGAGGAUGCGGUGGUGGCACGGUACCAAGAUCAGCAGCCGGUGAUGGGGGAGCGGGCAUUGUUCGCUGACGGAAGGGUUCUUCCUCCGGCUUCAGCUGAAGUGGUUACCGGAGAAGGAACGCCGGUAGCCACGUCCCUUUGUAGAUUUCCGGUAUCUUUAACCGGUAUAUGCAGCGGUGGUGGAGGAUGAAUACGUCGGUUCAUGUGUGUGUCUUUUAUUUGUAUUUAGACUUAAAUUUUUGUAUUUUGUUCGUCGAAUCGGAAUCAUUGUUUGUGGAAAAUAUAACAUGUUGAAUGUAGUCAUUGUCAAAGUAAUUAUUUGAGAAAUAAUAAUGAUUGAUAAGGAGAAUUAUGAAGGAGAUUAAUUAC